CUUUUUCCAAAACCUCUUUGCUGUCAUAAUUUAAAAAUGAAACUCCCGCGUUUCGUCGAUUCUUGGCAAGGCUUAGGCUCAUCGGCUUUUAAGCCAACAAAAUUGGUGACCCACCAUGAACAGUAUACUGUGGGGGAAACCACCGGUGGACUGAGUGUGUUAUUUACCGUGCUAUGUAUCGUGGAUUUAUUCGGCGUCUUCCCCGUGGUAGCUCUGCCAAAGAGCAUUAUUUCUUGUGGUAUCUACGGGGUGCCGCUAGUGCUGGUGGUGUUCGGGCUGCAGAUGUACACGGCCGUGCUGCUGGGCCGCAGCUGGCUGGUGGCGCAGCAGAUCGCGCCGCAGAUCGGGGAGAAGGACCGGAGGUCCCCAUACGCGGCGGUGGCUGAGCUGGCGUUCGGGCCGCGCGCCCGGCGGCUGGUGACUUUCCUGAUCGACGCGACGGUCUUCGGGGCCGGAGUACCCAACCUGCUUGUCGCGUCACAGAGCCUGCAGCUGUUCUGGUGGAAGAUCACGGGCGGCGGCGUGGGCGUCUCCUACUGCGUGUGGAUGCUGCUCAUCGGGCUGCUGCUCUGCCCCGUCAUGUGGCUCGGCUCGCCCAAGGACAUGAAACCUCUGGCCUUCUCCUCGGUCUUCAUCGUGAGCACGGUGGCCAUCUCGACGUGGACGUGCAUUCUACUUGAUGUGCAGUCCCCGCGCAGCCGCGGCGGCGUGCUUGACCACCAGCCCGGCACCCAGGACUUCCUUAUAGCCUAUGGGAUUAUCGCGUUUCAGUUCGACAUCCACCCGAUGCUGCUGACCAUACAAGUGGACAUGAAGGACAGCACUAGGAUCAACCGCGCCGUGUUCCUUGGCUUCUUCUUCACCGGCACCAUGUUUGCCGUGACGACCGUGCUGGCCGCGUACAGAUAUGGACUCGAUGUGGAUUAUAAUAUUUUACAAGGUAUACCAGCGUCGAUCCCUCUCUACGUGGUAUCAUUGCUGGUGACACUCCAGCUGUGUCUGUCGAGCGCGGUCGGCAACUCGGCGCUGUUUCAACACGUCGAGGAUCUACUGAAGAUACCCAGACAUUUCUGCGUCCAGCGCUGCAUGCUACGGUCCGGUAUCGUCGCCUUAGCGGUCUUCCUGGGCGAGGCCGUGCCGCGGUUCGACGUGGUCAUGGGCCUGGUCGGGUCCACCCUCACCGGCCCGCUCAUGUUCAUAUUCCCGCCCCUAUUCUUCCUCAAACUCAGCUACAUGAAGAACUAUUUAGCCGAAAACGACCCCGACUUCCCUUUCAAACCGAAACUAAUGUUGUCGUCGGAAACGGAUGUGUACCAAAAUGGCGACAACGAACUGUCACUGUCACUGUCAAAAGUCCCGCGCACGGUUAACGGUGCGUUCAAAAGUUAUAAAACUUUUGGUGUGUACGAAGAUUUGGACGUGGAUUUUAGGGCUGAACGGAUAAAAUGGUACGAAGUUGCGUUGUCUGGUACGGUGAUGGUUAUGGGUAUAUCUGCGACGGUCGUGGCUACGUAUGUGAGUUGGUCGGAUGCGAUACGGUAUGCCACGUUUACGCCGCCAUGUCUUGUUAAUGUGACCGCCGCGGCGAGGUCGUUUUUGGAGGUUACGAAAUCGUAAAUUUAUUAUUGCAUUUGUUAC